AUGAACCAUGAUACACCUGACCGACCAUGGGCCAAAGAUGGUACAGACAUCUUCACCAAUCAAUGGAAAGAUUACCUCAUAACGGUGGACUACAACUUUUGGGAAGUAGACAUGCUACCCACGACUGAUGCCAAAGCGGUGAUACAGAAACUCAAAACCCAUUUUGCUAGGUAUGGCAUCCCGGACAGCAUUGUCUCUGACAAUGGACCUCAGUUCUCUUCUGAGGAGUUCCAGAAAUUCUGCAAAGCCUGGGACAUCACACAUAUGACCAUCAGUCCAUACAACAGCAGAGCUAAUGGCAAAGCGGAAUCAGUGGUCAAGACGGCAAAACGGAUCAUGAGGAAAUGUAAGGAAGCUGGAAGCGACCCUUACCUCGCAAUCCUCGAUCACAGGAACACUCCUUCUCAAGGAAUGUUAUCCAGUCCUGUACAGCGCCUGAUGAGCCGUAGGACAAAAACCAUGUUACCAACUGCUCCCGCCCUCCUCAAACCAGAGGUCGUUGACAUAAGACACACAAAACGGGACAUUAAGCACGACCAAGCAAAACAGGCUAUGCAUGCCAACAAGUCCUCUCACCAUCUUCCUGCUUUAGACGAAGGGGCCACUGUCCGACUACAGCCAUUCAAGAUGGGACAAAAAACCUGGACCAAAGGGACGGUUCUACAGAAACUCGAUGAAAGAUAA